UCCAUGGAGAACAACACUGAGGUGAAUGAAUUUAGACUCUUGGGACUGGCUGACACCCCAGAGCUUCAAGUCCCUCUCUUCAUAACAUUCACUCUCAUAUAUGUCAUCACUCUCAUUGGAAAUCUUGGGAUGAUCACGUUGAUUCUGUUGGACUCCCAUCUCCACAAUCCCAUGUAUUUUUUCCUCAGUAAUCUCUCCCUGGUGGACUGUGUUUGCUCCUCGGCUGUUACUCCCAAGGUGAUGGCUGGAUUUCUCACAGGGGAUAAAGUCAUCUCCUAUGGAGGAUGUGCUGCUCAGAUGUUCUUCUUUGUGGCUUUUGCCAGUGUAGACUGCUUCCUACUAGCUGUCAUGGCUUAUGAUCGUCAUGCAGCAGUGUGUAAGCCUUUACAUUACACCACCACUAUGACCACUAGUGUGUGCACUCGAAUGGCAAUAGGCUGCUAUGUCUGGGGCUUUGUUGAAUCUUCCCUUCACACUGGAUUUACCUUCUGCCUUUCCUUCUGCCAUUCCAGUGUGGUCCAUCACUUUUUCUGUGAUAUCCCCCCUAUCCUGGCUCUUUCCUGCUCUGAUAUUUACAUAAAUGAGAUUGUGCUCUUUACCUUAGCAGCUUUCAAUGUCUUUUUUGCCCUUUUAGUUAUCUUGACCUCCUAUCUGUUCAUAUUCAUUGCCAUCCUGAAGAUGUGCUCAGCAGAGGGACGGAAAAAAGCCUUCUCCACCUGUGCUUCCCACCUCACUGCUGUAACCAUAUUCUAUGGAACUGUAAUCUUCAUGUAUUUACAGCCCAGUUCUACUCAUUCUAUGGACAAUGACCAAAUGGCAUCUGUGUUCUACACAAUAAUAGUCCCCAUGUUGAACCCUAUUGUCUACAGUCUAAGGAAUAAAGAGGUUAAUAAUGCUUUCAGAAAAGCAGUUGAGAAGAUAAAGAUUCUGUUCAGCACAUAG